UCAUGCUGCUGCCAGGUCCAGAGUCUCUCAUGGGUCCCUGUACGGCCUCCCAUUGCUGCUGUCUCCAUCGCCACACUCUGCCAUGUGCCACUUUCAGGUCUCCUCACACACUGCUGGUGUGUAGAAUUUUUUGACAUAGGGUGCUGGCAGAUUACGGGCCUCCCAUAGCUGCUGCUGCCAGGCCCCUAAUCUGCCAUGGGCCCCUAUAUACCGCCUCCUCAUGCUGCUGCCAGGUCCAGAGUCUCUCAUGGGUCCCUGUACGGCCUCCCAUUGCUGCUGUCUCCAUCGCCACACUCUGCCAUGUGCCACUUUCAGGUCUCCUCACACUGCUGUGUGUGUUAGAAUUUUUUGAC